AUGGCAUCAAAUGUAAUACAAAACUCGUCUACAAAUAAUCAAGAUAAUCAAACAUGCUAUUAUCAUAUUAUUUGGCUUGAUAAAUAUCUAAAAAAUUUUAGUAAUACACUAAAACUGAAACAAUUAAGUCAAUUUGAUUCAAAGAUAAAAUCAUUUAUAUGUGAAAAUGAAUGUAUUGAAUAUAUUCGAGAACAAAAUACAAAUACUCAUAUUAUAUUUAUUAUUUCAGGUUCACUUAGUGAACAAAUUAUACCAAAAAUACAAGAUUAUAAUUGUAUUCUAACUAUACUAAUUUUUUGUACCGAUAUUGACAGAUACAAUCAUUUGAAAUUUAAAAAGCUUCAAGCAAUUUGUGAUGAUACGUAUGAUUUAAUGGAUAGUAUUGAAAUUUAUAUGACAAAAAAUAAUGAUAGAGAGAUACAUUUUAGUUUACUCAAUCAACAAGAAUCUGCAGAUUCAGAAUCAACAUUAAUAAAAACUCAACAUCCAAUUCGAAAUUUAAAAGAAGAUCAAGCACGUUUUCUUUGGUUUUAUCAUUGUCAUAAUUUUAUGAUUGAACUUAAAAAUAAUGAUAAUGAACGAGCUAAAAAAGAGAUGAUUGCUCAUUGUAGGCGAGAAUCUCAAGAUGAACGAACAUUAUCUCGUAUUGAUGAUUUUGAAAGAGAAUCAUUGGAAGAAAAUGCAAAACAUGCUAUUGAAUGGUAUACAAAAAAUUCAUUUAUAUUUCGAUCGAUCAAUACAGUUUUUCGAAGAGAAAAAAUUUCAAAUGUUUAUAAUUUUCGUUAUAUGAUUAAAUUACUUUGUCAACAAUUGAAAGAUCAACAUAAAAAAUUUAUUGGAAAUUCUAAAGAAUCAAAAUCAAAAUCAAAAAAUUCAAUCUGUCUUUAUCGUGGUCAACAAUUGCAACUAAAAGAUAUUAAUCUUUUGAAGGAUCAUGAAAAUGAUCUUAUUUCAAUGAAUGGUUUUGUAUCGACAACAUUAGAUAAACAUAUUGCAUUGAAAUUUGCUUUUCAAUAUGAAAGACAAGAUUUUGAACAUGUUUUAUUUAAAAUUGAUGUUGAUAUAAAUGAUGAAUUUAAUGUAAUAUUUGCAGAUAUUAGAGAUCUUAGUAAAUAUCCUGAAGAAGAAGAAAUUCUUUUUUCCAUUGGAACAAUAUUUCGUAUAAAAUCAGUUAAAUUUAAUAACGAAAAACAGUUGUAUAUAGUUUGUCUCAAAUUAACUCAUCGUAAUGAAUUAGAUGCUAUUAAAUAUAUUGAACAAACAUAUUUAAACGAUAUGAAUUCAUCUGAUCAAUCAGUUCUUUUUGGCAAACUUCUUUUCGAUAUAGGAGAAUAUGAAUUCGCAAUAAAAUAUUUCACAGAUACACUGAAUCAUUUGGUAAAUAACGAUCAUAAUUUACGAGCAACUUAUUUAAAUAAUCUUGGUGUAUGCUACAAUGAAUUAGAAAAUGCCGAGGAAGCAUUAAAAUGUUAUCAAGACGCAUGUAUAAUAUACAGAGAUACAAAUAAUCAUCAUGGAUUAGGAACAUGUCAUCAUAAUAUAGCGAGUAUUUAUCAUGCUAUAGGAAGAUAUAAUGACGCUUGUGGUGAAGCUUUGGAAGCUUUAGAUUAUCGAAAAGAAAACAAUUUACAAAAAGCUUCAACAUUGGAUCUUCUUGGAUGUAUCUAUUUAAAGCGUAAUGAUCCUGACGCUGCAGAAGAUUAUUUCAAAAAAGCUUUAAAGAUACGUUUAAAAUAUUUAAAUCAAAUUAAUCCAAAUCAUCCUGAUAUUGGUAUAAGUUAUCAAAAUCUUGGUGGACUUUAUAAGAAAGCAUUCCCGCGUAAAAAUCCUCACGCAUAUUAUUCAAAAGCUGCUGAAAUUUUUCGUCAUAAUUAUCCUAAAUCACAUCCACUAGUAAAAAACAUAAAUAAAUACUUGAGAGAAACCGAGCAAUUACCAUGA